GGCCCCACGCCAUUCAUCGUUGCGGCAUAGAAGUGGUUCAGCCGCCGCGGCAGAUGCUUGCUCAAGAGCUGCCAGAUAACCGACCCGGAGAGCAGCCCGGCCCCAGUGGACGGAAGCGACAGCCCAGCAUGUCAGAGACAAUGCCGCUGUACACGCUCUGUAAGGAGGACUUAGAGAGUAUGGACAAAGAGGUGGACGACAUCCUAGGAGAGGGCAGUGACGACAGCGACAGCGAGAAGAAGAGGCCCCCACCCCGGGAGCCCCAGGCCACGCCGGAGGCCACGCUGGAGGCCACGCCGUGCAGCGGGAGGACCACCGCAGGCAGCCGGGGGCCCAGGUGA